CCAUUGUGUAGGCCAGUGUGUUAUAGAAUCGAGCUGACUGAGGCUGUUCUAUCAACGCGAUAUUAUAUCGGUGGAGUGGCAAAAUUAUUAAGGUUUGUGACCCACGCGCUAGAACGUGGCUAUCGCUGUGCAUAGUGCAGGGCCUCCCGAGCUGGCUUAAUUCAUCGAGAUGUCGGCAAAGAAAGAGACACCAUCAGAUCAGCAGCUACAUUUAUCGGCGUUGCAGGGUAAUCUGGAAGCGCUGAAGAAGGUGUUGGACGGAGGCCGAGUACACGUUGACUGCAAAGAUAAGGAGGGGACGACACCUUUAAUAUUAGCCGCAGCUAACAAUCAUCUGUCGUGUGUCAAAGAACUGUUAGAUCAAGGCGCAGAUCCAAACGCCAGACGUCAGACAGGCACCUGUGCGCUGUUUUUCGGUGCCCAGGGAGGUUUUCUGGAUAUUGUCAUCGAGCUUUUAAACAGGGGUGCCACCGUGGAUUUGCCGAGCAAUGAUGGGGGCACGCCCCUAUUCGUCGCUUGUCAGUGUAGUCACCUGGACGUGGUGGAGGAGUUAAUUUCAAGGGGAGCAGACAUUCAUAGCCAAAUGAACGACGGCGCUACACCUCUGUUCAUCGGUGCACAAAAUGGUCAUUUACGAAUGUUGAAAUAUCUACUGUCGAAAGGAGCUAAAGUGAAUCAGACGAGAAAGGACAAAGCAACUCCGCUUUGGAUAGCAGCUCAAAUGGGUCAUGGGCCAAUUGUACAAGCUUUACUUGAGGCCGGUGCUGACGUAGAUGCGGCCAGAGAGGACGGUGCUACGCCAUUAUUUAAAGCAUGCCACAAGGGAAAUAUUGAGGUUGUGAGUUUACUAUUAAAGCAUGGAGCGUCAGUCCGUGUGCUCGAGAAUGGGGAGAGUGCCUUGCAUGCAGCCGCCUUAUUUGGUCAUUCAAACGUCGUCAAAGCCUUACUGGCUGCAGGUGUAAAUCCCAGCCUUAAAAACAAGGAAGGCUCAACUGCAGCUGACCUAGCAAAGGAUGCCGGGUAUGACAUCAUCGCUGAGUACCUUUCAAAGGCUCGACCGGUGCAAACAGGGUCUAUUCAAACCACUGUGUGACGUCAAUGACCGCGUUCCCUGGACUUUAGUCACAAGUACAGAUUCCCAACCUGCCUGUCUUUUAUAUCAUUCGGAAUUACGUCACCGUAAGGGAAAUCGACUUCAGCUAACUGCAGUUUCAUUUAGUUAGUUGAGACUCCGCUAGUGAAGCGAUGGAAACGCUGAAUCGUAUGCAAACUUCUUGUAAGAUAUAAUAAUGUUAUUUAGCAAAUGAAACGGAUAUGUUUAUUUUUUAUUUGUUCAGAUUGGUCAAAUUAUUUGCCGGAGACAAUGAAGGAUUUUCAGGAAAAUCUAGAACAUGGCUGAGGAUUUAGAGGAGUGUUCUAUUAUUUCCGAGGGGCUGGGUGGGUGAGAUGUGUUCAUUCGUUUGUUUACUCAUUCUAGCCCAGCUAUCCCCUCUUAAAUAAUGGUUCACUCCAUACCAUCAAGCAUCGCGUCUGGUAGAUUUGAAUGACAGUUUCUCUUCCAUAUUUCAACGCCAUUACCAAGUUUACAUUUUAAUCUGCUACCAAAAUGAUUUAAUCCGGUUUAUAGUUUUUAUAGAUGUUUCACUUUACAGAAACAAUUAUAGGGUGGCAACCUCGCAUUAGUGAGAACCGGCCGUUUGCGCCAAGCAAAUCGUGACCUAGUACUGAUCCGUCAGUGAGUGGAAUUUGUUACCCAACAUUCCAUUGCUGGUUGGCAAAUAUGACGUCACAGUGUGACGGUUUACAUUGCAACACAAUACGGUAAUGCGUGGAGCAGUACAAUACGGCACGGUACAGUGCGACACGGAACAGUACAGUACGGUAUACGGUAUUUUUGAGCGGGACUUCUUAUUUAAAUAAAUGUGAAAAUACAAUGUAUAUCGUUUGGAAGGAUGCGAGAAAUUUGUCUUACUCUCCAAUGA